GAGUUUUGCUUCCGAGAUGCGUAUAAAUGCUGCUCUCCUUUACAAUCCCUAACUAUUUCCCUAACCUUCAACUAUUUUUCCACUAACAUAUUACCUGUACUGUUUGAUUGUGAGACUGUAAUGAGGUUUAACGCAACCUGGAAGACAAGUUUCAGGGAAAGAAAUCCCCCUGCUUCGUGUAGCCGCACUCGAGUCCGCUCGCGCUGGUGAUGCCGCGGCUGGGCUGGUGAAGCGGUUUGGUAGCUAGCCAGCUAGCUAACUAACGGCUAACAGCUAGUCAUCGGAGCUCCGUAUGAAAUUGUCACAUUUGUGGAGUUUGUCACCGACGUUAGCCGGUGCUGUGUAGCCCCGUAGCGGCUUCACGGAACACAAGAUGCGGUUGGUAGCGCAAUGAGCCGCCGUACCCGCAGAGGACCGCGAGGAACGUCCGUUAUGCUAACCACCGGCGGUUAGUUAGCUUAGCUAGCUCGCUAACGCUUAGCAUUUUUUUUUUUUUUUUUUUACAGAUAAUGUUAUAACAACUUAAGUCGUCAUGUUAGCCAUGUCCUCCAGUGUGGAUGCUUUGGUGUGUUGCGGUCAUGCUUCCCCCCUUUCGGGGCAGAAAUAACAACAUGACUCACACACACAGUGAGUGAGCUAACGUUAGCUUAGCUUAGCUUAGCCUAGCUUAGCUGGUCGGCAGGGUAGCCGUGUCUCAGUCCACGCAGCGCGGGCUGCCGCUGGAGCGAUGUGCGUCCGAUGGAGCUGAAGUGUUGCUCGGCUUGCCAACGAUGACGGGCCGGGUUUUAGUGCCUCUUCUGUCAGCAGGAGGCGGAACAUGGACGCCGAGGAAGGAGAGCGGAACAAAGACCUGAGUGCACACAGACCGCUGGAUAAAAAGGCGCUCUGCAAGCAGAAUGGCAGGCUCGGUAUAGUGAGGACUCUUCACAGCCUGUUGAAAACCCCAAACACACUGCAGAUUCAGUCCCUCGCCCGCUCAGAAUGUGCUGGCUCCUGUCCAAAUUUGAUGAUGAGUAGGAGCGAUCACGCCGACGCGAGGCCCGUCCCCGUGGCCCUCACCCCCCAGCUGCCCCCCCGGGCCCACCGGCCCCUCUGCAUGUCGGUCUCCUCCGACAGCAGCGGACGCUUCAAAGCUCUGGAGACGCAGGAGUGGAAGAACAACCUCAAAGCUCAGAUGGAGCAGGCCCACAGUGCCGGAGCGGCCAGCAGCACCGGGUCCCUGGAGCGAGCGUCCCUGUUCUGCGCCUCGGCCUCCACCACGUCCAGCUCCAGCCUGUCCAGCCCGGUGGAGAUCCUCAACAAGAGCAAGUCCUCCAGCCGCUUCUCUCUCUUCUCUCCGCCCUGGAACAGCAGCUCGGAGUCCGAGUCCAAUCCCCCGUCCCGCUCCGGCUCCAAGAAGCUGCGCAACUACAGCAGGAGGGCCGCCACGGGGCCGGCCGGCGCCAGGGGCCCCGACGCGCCCGAGCCCAAACCCGGCGGCCCCGAACACUUCCAGUACACCGAGCCCGUCAUCUCCAAGGUGACGGACUACAUCUACGUCGGCAACCUGAACGCGGCGUACAACGGACGCGCCCUGUGCCGCAACAACAUCGACAGCAUCAUCGACAUGAGCAGCGUGCCGGGGGAGCCGGGCCCCAGCCUCAACCUCAUACCGUGCACCUGCUCGCGCGGCACCCGCCACAGCUGGUCCCGCCUCAAGGUGGACAUCGGGGACGUGCCGGACGCCCUCGGCGACGGCCCGGCGCUGAAGCAGCGCUGCUUCGAAGACAUCAACGAGUGCAUCGACGCCUCCACCGAGAAGAGGAAGCGCGUCCUGGUGCACUGUCGGGACGGCUUCUCCCUGGCGCCGACGUGCAUCAUCCAGUACCUGAUGGUGAAGCAGAACAUGAGGCUGCUCGCCGCCUACGAGAUCCUGAGGGCCAAGUACCCGGUCAACAUCAGGGACUGCCACCAGAACGCGCUGGUGAGCCUGGAGCGGGCGCUGCGGCCCGGCGGCAACGUCGACCCCGAGUGCUUCAAACAGGCCAUCUCGCGCAGGGUGGCGUGGACCUGACUCGGUUUCCCAGCAUGCCGUGCUGCUGCUUAAGACUCUUUUAUAGGGAGGCGAAGUCCCUCCCCUUCCUGUGGAGCCCCAUGGGACCUUAAUC